GUUAACAUUGUAGCCAUAAGAUUUGACGGCUGUGCAUCUAAUAUAAAUGCAGCUAAUUUAUUAGGUUGUGAUCUUAAACAACCAUCACAACUUAAAACAAUAUUCAGACACCCGGAAUGUGAUUUAGAUGUUGCAAUUAUGUUUGACCCUUGUCACAUGAUUAAAUUAGUAAGAAAUUAAUUUGAAUCUAAAAGACAAUUAUUUGACGGGAGUGGAAGGACGAUUCGCUGGCAGUUAUUAGAAAAUUUAGUUAAGCUUCAAAAAAAUGUUGGACUUAAUUUUGCUAACAAAAUCACCCCUCGUCACAUUUAUUUUAGAAAUGAAGUGAUGAAAGUCAAAUUGGCAACACAAAUCAUGAGCAUGAGUGUUGCAAAUGCUCUCAAAUUGUGUGACGAGAUUUUAACAUCUUCCCUUUUCGUGGACACUAAAGAGACGGUAGAGUUUAUAGAAAUUUUUAGUAAUUUAUUUGAUGUUUUUAACUCUAAAUCAUCGGAUUUGUACGGCGUAAAAAAACCAUUUUCUCAAAAAAAAAAAUGCCAAUAACAUCAUAGCUUUUCUAGAAAAAGCGAAACUUUAUAUAUUGAAUCUUUACAUUUUUAUUAAAUAUAGACGCGAGGUUCGUAAACGAAUCACCAUAAAAAUAAUUAAGAAAAAAAAUGUUGAAUCUAAAAAUAAAACAGGCUUUUUAGGCUUUCUCAUUUGUAUACAAAAAUUUAAAACAUCUAUACACAACUUUGAUCGAAGGACAACGUUUGCCAUACAUCGCAACUUACAGGUUGUCUCAAGAUCACAUUGAAAUGUUGUUCGGUGCUAUCAGGCGACAUGGAGGUUAUAACAAUAAUCCAAACGGUAUCCAGUUUAAGGCAAUUUUCAAAAAAAUCCUUCAACACCUGGAAAUGAAAUCUUCGUUUUUAGGAAACUGCCUAUCAUUAGAAGACAUAACUGUAUUAACGUGUUCGUCUGCAGUUCACAACAUUAAUUCUACAGUAAGUAGAAGAACUAUGGAUGAGGAGAUUGAGUCUAUAGAGAAUGACACUGGGUUAAUAAAUGCAACUGCUGUAGAAAAUGCUAUUAACACAAAUGUCGAAGUGUUUUCGACAAUGUUAAAUCAAGAAAGCAUUAAAAAAACCACUGAACAGAUUAUCGGUUAUAUUUCAGGAUGGGUAUCCAGAAAACUGGCUUCAGUAUUGAAACGUUCGACAUGCACCGAUAGUCUGUAUUGUAAUAACAAAUUGUGGUUUCAUAAAUUGAUUAUUUUAAAAAAUAUUGGUGGACUAUGUUUCCCGAGUGAGGAUGUAUUCCAAAAAGUCAGAAUCUAUAAUUAAAAACUACAUUAAAGAAAUGGGUCACAUUAUCCUUCCCGAUCACAAAGAUAUCCAAAUUUUAAAAAACCGUAUUUUAAAGUCGUUUAUCAGCUCCAAUGACGUAUUUGGUUCUUUACAUCAACAUUCUUUAGAGCAACAUCCCACAUUUGAUCAUAGAGUGCACCGUAUUCGCGCGGUCAUUGAGAAAUUUAUCAAUGUUCGCCUACAUUUCGCACACAAAAGCUCUGAAUCAAAUUAUAAGAGGCAAAGAAGAAAUAAAUUAAGUUUGUUUGAAGGGAUUUAAAAAUAUGUAUCUGCAACAUAAGUCAGUAAUAUACGACUUCGAUUACCGUACUGUUCGAUUGCCUAUCAGAAUGUUAAUGUUCUUUCAUUAUUAAAUAAAAGUUUUUUUUUUAUGUUUAUAAAGAUAUUUUGUUUUAUUUUUUAAUUUAAUAUGUAACAAUAAUUAAUUACUUACUGUUGCGGAAUACAGCAUUCAUAUUUUAAAGAUUAAUAUAUAUACGGUAUAUCAACUAUUUUAUAAACUCUAGAAAAUCGGAUGUCCUUUUCUCCCCAUAUGCCUCUGAUAGCUACAUCACUCAUGCGCUCGACCAAUGAGCAACUGAAGAUGUUAUUUGUUUCCCUCUAGCAACAGGCAUCCCGCCGUGCGAUGUCAUACAUCGCAACUUUUUUCUUUCUCUUUCUUCACGCGUAUAAGUAGUUCUAGUAUUUUCGCCGUUUUUAAGCGCCGCGAUGUUCGUUCAUGACGUGUCUAUAUAUAAUACGUCAUUGGAUAAACCUGUUAAUCGUAAAAUAAAACUAGUUUUAUUAUUUCAAAAAGUUUUCCUAUUUAGCAUGCUAAAUUAGGUUUUUCGCUUUAAAAGUAAUAUGUUAUUUACAUGUACGUCUUAAAGUUCUCUAAUAUUUGUGCAUUAAUUUCAAUGUCUGAUGAAUACGAAAUUUUUGAGUUCCUCGAAGAGGACAAUGAAAGCAAAAUUGUGGAAGACAAAAUUGAAAGGGCAAUAUUACGCAGCCAAAUGGAGUCGUUUUCGAUUGAUGACGAUGAAUUCGUAAAAAGAUAUCGCUUCAGCAAAAACUUUGUGUUGGAACUUUGUGAUGAUUUAAGACCUUUUAUGACAAAGCCUGCUAAAUUUACUGAUUUGUCGAUCGAAACCAAGGUUGAGUAUUAGUUAAAUUAUUCAUCACUAGUAAAACAUUACUAAGUGAUAUUUAAUGUAGUUUUAGAAAAAAUGCAUACUCAUUAUUUUUUAUAAUUAUUUUAGGUCUUAAUUGCACUGUCUUUUUAUGCCACGGGAUCGUAUCAGCCACCUAUUUAUCUGUAUUAAGAGCAAGCGAAUCAAACAAAUUUUUUUGUUUCUUUCACCAUAUGCGGUUUCCUUUGUUUGGAACAAAGGUACUAUGUUCCAAACAAACGGCUGUCGUCAACUGUUUUGGUGGUUUUAUGUGAUUAUUUGCUAAAUUAUUGACGUUUGAGUUACGUAAAGUUUAAAGUUUUUUGUUUUAAACACAGUUUAUGUGAAAUUAUGGUGCGUUGUUGUGUUAGGUUGUAAAAACCAACCAGAACGAAAAGUACCAAACAUAAAAAUAAAAUUGUCUAUAGAAAUCGAUUAGCUGAUUAAUUUUCGUUAUCUCUAGUGUAUAAUUAUCAGAAAAUAUACAAUAAAUUACUAAAAUAACCUACAACUUUGUUUCGUUUUAUACCACUAAAUUAAGAAGCGUUCUUUUAUUUAAAGGUCGCCAUUUAUUUUUCGUCGUUUCAAAUUUGCUGUAUGAUCACUACAUGGAUACCAGUGCUUGGCAAAAAAUGUCCUUAAUUUCUUAACGACUGAACAAAUUUUUUAACCUUAAUUUAAUUACCAAUAUAAUUUAUUUAUUUUAGAUUUCCUAAAGAAGCAAACAUUAUAAAUAUGUGGAUUGUAGCUACUGGGAGAAAGGAAUGGCAACCUGAGAAGAAUGACCGCAUAUGUUCGAAACAUUUUGAGCCGCGUUAUUUUCGUAAAACGCACAAGAGGACAUAUUUGUUGCCGAAUGCCAUUCCAACAUUUUUUAUUCCAGAUAUUAUUGAUGAGUGACCUUGUACUACGAAACAACUGAAAAUCUUCGAACCAGGACUUCAGGAAAGUACAGUUCAGCAACCUCGUCCUAGUACUAUUAACAUACCAAAAAGUGUUGAAUGGAGACUGGAGGAAAUCGCUGUAGAACAACCUAGUACUAAUAAAAAAGCAAAACUUUCUGAACCAGUGCAUGAGCUGCCCCUGCAAAGGUAGCCUUGGCUAGGGCCCAUAGUAGCCUCCUCGACGGGCAGCCGAGAGUUCGGGCCCAAAUAGCCUUAUGGACAAUUGACCUAUCAUACUACAUAACAGGGAGAAGGCUAGGUAAAUAAAUAGGUGAAUACAACAUACCUAGCGUUCUUCCUUUUAGUGCAGUGCAGUGAUAGUUUCGCGAUAUCCCUGUAAGGGCGCGUUCCCACCGUGUCGUGACGACAGAUAAUCGUGUAGUUUUAAGUGUCGUGGCUUAUAUGUUUAAAUGGAGGUGUUCACAUUUAGAACGACACAAUUUACUGUCGUCUACGACAGUUUUUGCAGUGACGACACUUUGUCGUGACAGUGGGAACGGCAAGCACGACAGUCGUAAAACGAUAAAAUCGUGGACGGCAACUCUAUGUAGACGAACACGUGUUUUCCCUACCCUCUCGCACCCGCGCGCCCCUCGCGUCUGUACUCGGUUUGCUUUGUGCGUGUUAGAACUUGUCAGACUCCUGCGCAUGGUGGACGUAUAACAAUGGCUAAUAAUAUAACACCGGAAGUUUUAAUUCCACUUGUGGAACAAAGGGCUGUCCUUUGGGACAAAACUUUAGACAUUUAUAAAGACAAAGGUUUGAAAUUAGCCGCGUGGAGAGAAAUUUGUUGCGUUUUUGAACCUAAUUUUGACAAGUUGGAGGAAAAGGAAAGAAAAGAUUUCGCUACACAGAUAUCUACAAAGUGGACACAUAUUCGAGAUGCAUUUAUGAGAUCCCUG